AUGGAUCCUUUAGAGAGCAUGUCCACCGGGGGGCCGCUGCCCAAGAACUUUGACGCCGAAAAUGCGGCCAACAUGGAGGAUAUGGAGAAGCAAUUCGCAGUCAAGGUCGUUCAGCACAUGGCCACCUACUGGGCCAUCCUCGAAAAGGUCAAGGGCUCAAGUCUGCGACUCACCAAGAUCGACGACGAAAUCUACGACCACCUCAAGGAGGCCUUCCCCGAGUUCGACCCCGCCGCCACAAUCGACGAGGACGAAAUGAAGAGCAAGUCCGGCAAGGAGAGGUGGCGCGCCUUCAUGAUGAAGUACGAGAAGACGGUCGACGACUUCAACUUUGGCACCAUGGUGCGCAACAAUGCCAAGGCGGAAUACGAGCAGGACACAACCAUCUUUGUUCCCCGCAUGCAGUUCUAUGCUGUUGAGAUCGCCCGAAACCGAAAUGGCCUUAACGACUGGAUAUAUGAAAAGGCACAGGAGGAGAAGAACAAGUCCAAAUAA